GGCCAUGUAAACUGGGAGUCGGCACAAACGACAACUUCGGCCGCCAUCACCAAAAAGCAAUUGGUUUCGUUUUGCAAAGCAUUUGGAUGACCCAAAGAUUGGAGAGCGUGUUGUGUUUGUGUGGUGCAUCGAUUUCCACGACUGACACAUAUAUCCACUUGUCAGUUUCGGAGCGAACCUACCUCCAUGUCCCUUGUGAAAACUUCCCCUAUCGCUUCCCGCAUUAAAACCCUGUUCACAUUUGAUCCCUUCCUUUUGAUUGAGCCUGCUAUUUGCUUGCCUCAAUGGCGUCCAUGUCUAGAUUUGUUCUCAAGGACUGUAAGUUAGGGACACAUGACGCUUUGUACAGACCGAGCUCUUCUUUUCCUGCUAGGAGGCUUCAAACCAAUCUGGAUGCAAGAGGUGGAUUUCCUGAAGCUAAGAAUAGAAGAUGUUUGGCAAUUCGAAACAAGCCAUGGACUCAAAUAGUUGCUCUUACAACCCCUUCUUUAAGCAUUCAAACUUCAAGGAAAUCUCAAGUUUUGUGCAAGGCCACAACAAAUGUAUCUGGAGAUGUUCCUGGUAGCACCCCCAGCAGAAUGAGUACGUACGAAAGAAUAAUUGAGACUUUGACGACUCUUUUUCCUUUGUGGGUCAUAUUGGGCACCAUUAUUGGCAUCUACAAGCCGGCUGCUGUAACAUGGUUGGAGACAGACCUUUUUACGCUUGGCCUAGGUUUCCUCAUGCUUUCGAUGGGAUUGACAUUAACAUUUGAGGAUUUCAGACGUUGUUUGCGGAAUCCAUGGACAGUGGGCGUAGGAUUUCUUGCUCAAUACUUGAUUAAACCCAUGUUGGGCUUCGUCAUUGCAAUGACUCUAAAACUGUCUGCACCUCUUGCAACUGGUCUUAUUUUGGUCUCAUGCUGCCCUGGAGGUCAGGCAUCAAAUGUUGCAACUUACAUAUCUAAGGGAAAUGUGGCACUUUCUGUUCUCAUGACGACGUGUUCAACCAUUGGAGCUAUUAUUAUGACGCCACUCCUCACUAAGCUUCUGGCUGGUCAGCUUGUUCCAGUUGAUGCUGUGGGUCUGGCAAUUAGCACCUUUCAAGUCGUUUUAGUGCCAACAAUUAUCGGAGUGUUGGCAAAUGAAUUCUUCCCCAAAUUCACUUCGAAAAUAGUGACUCUAACACCUUUGAUUGGAGUUGUUCUCACCACCCUUCUCUGUGCAAGCCCAAUUGGGCAAGUUUCAGAUGUCUUAAAAGCUCAAGGAACACAAUUAAUACUACCAGUGGCUUUCUUACACGCCGCUGCAUUUGCUCUUGGUUAUUGGAUUUCAAAAAUAUCAUUUGGUGAAUCCACGUCUCGUACUAUUUCUAUAGAAUGUGGGAUGCAGAGCUCUGCACUUGGGUUUUUGCUUGCCCAGAAGCACUUUACAAAUCCCCUUGUUGCUGUCCCUUCUGCUGUUAGCGUUGUUUGCAUGGCGCUUGGUGGGAGUGGCCUUGCUGUGUUUUGGAGGAACAGGCCAAUACCUAUUGAUGACAAGGAUGACUUCAAGGAAUGAGAAGUCUAGGUCUUUAUUUUUUGACAAUUUGAGGAGAUGUGAAAGUUUUGGUUUCAGGUAGUUGUUUCUGGGUCAUAAGCAUUGAAACUGAACCUCCUUGUUUUACUGUGAAAAAUCAUAGAAAUGUUCGUUGGUUGAGGAACCCAUUACUUCUCAAAACAAAUAUCAGUUCUAUACCUAAUUAUCUUUA